CCAUGAAACCCUAGUUCCCCUCCAAAACCCUGCCCCCAGCACCCGCGCCCGCCCGCCCGCCAUGGCGCCCCCGCUCCAGGCGCCGGACUACAGGUACGUCACCGAGGAGUGCCUCCGCGAAUGGAAGGGCCAGUCCGCCGCCGCCUUCCGCCUCCCGGAUCCGGUCCCCAGGGCCCGCUUCCUCUACGAGCUCUGCUGGGCGAUGGUGCGGGGGGACCUGCCGCCGCAGAAGUGCCGGGCGGCGCUGGAUUCGGUGGUGUUCGUGGAGGAGGCGCGGCAGGAGGAGUCCGGCUCCGUGCUUGCCGACAUCGUCGCGCACCUAGGGCAGGAUAUUACCAUUUCUGGUGAAUAUCGCAGCCGUCUUGUCAAAAUGACUAAGUCACUCGUGGAGUCUUCAUUGAUUGUGCCUAGGCUUCUUCAAGAGCGAUGUGACGAAGAGUUCCUAUGGGAGGUUGAACUGAGUAAGUCAAAAGGCCAGGAUUUAAAAGCCAAGGAGGUCAGAGUCAACACACGACUUCUUUAUCAGCAAACUAAAUUCAACCUUGUAAGAGAGGAAAGUGAGGGCUAUGCCAAGUUGGUAACCCUACUUUGUCAAGUAGGUUCAGAUUUGGCUUGCCAAAAUACUUCUUCAGCAACUAUCAGCAUUGUAAAGUCAUUAAUUGGACAUUUUGACCUGGACCCGAAUCGUGUAUUUGACAUUGUGUUGGAAUGUUUUGAACUCUAUCCAGACAACAGUAUCUUUUAUCAGCUUAUACCUCUUUUUCCAAAGUCCCAUGCUGCUCAAAUUUUGGGGUUUAAAUUUCAAUAUUAUCAACAAUUGGAUGUAAACAGCCCUGUUCCAUCUGGUCUUUUCCGAAUAGCAGCGCUGUUGGUCAAAUCUGGCCUUAUUGACCUUGAUAAUCUCUACGCUCAUUUACUUCCGAAUGAUGAUGAGGCGUUUGAGCAUUUUGGCUCCUUUGUUUCAAGGAAAAUUGAUGAGGCUACUAAAAUAGGCAAAAUAAAUCUUGCUGCUACUGGAAAGGACCUUAUGGAUGAAGAGAAGCAAGAAAUAACGAUCGAUUUAUACACAGCACUGGAGAUGGAAAAUGAUAUAAUUGAUGAACGAGCCCCUGAGAUAGAAAAGAACCAGAAGCUUGGACUUCUUCUUGGUUUCCUCUCAGUCCAUGAUUGGGACCAUGCACAGCUACUAUUUGAACGUCUUGCGCAGCUAAAUCCUGUCGAGCACGUUGAAAUUUGUGAUGCUUUAUUUAGAAUUGUUGAGAAGACUAUUUCGUCAGCCUACAGUACAUAUUGUCAAACACAUCAUAAAAUCACCCGUAACAUCAACACUCAUAUGUUGGAUGCAUCAUCUGUCUCUUCACCAAGUUAUUUGGUUGAUCUGCCAAAGGAGUUUUUCCAAAUGCUUGCCGCUUGUGGACCAUACCUUCACCGUGACACACAAUUAUUCCAGAAGGUUUGCAGAGUGUUAAAGGUGUAUCAUGCCUCGUCAAAAGAAUCAGCCCGUACAGCAGGUGUAAUGUCUCCAGAAUCUCAGGUUGAAGAAGCACUUGGGUCAUGCUUGCUUCCUUCACUGCAGCUUAUACCUGCCAAUCCUGCUGUUGAUAUGGAGAUAUGGGGAGUUCUUUCCCUUCUUCCUUAUGAGGUGCGCUAUCGUUUGUAUGGUGAGUGGGAGAAGGACACUGAACAAAACCCAAUUGUCCUUGCUGCAAGGCAAACAGCAAAGCUGGACACCAGACGGCUCUUAAAACGGCUGGCCAAGGAAAAUCUGAAGCAGCUUGGCCGCAUGGUGGCUAAACUUGCUCAUGCAAAUCCAAUGACUGUGCUUCGGACAAUUGUCCAACAGGUUGAAGCAUACAGGGACAUGAUAAAUCCAGUUGUGGAUGCUUUUAAAUACUUGACUCAGCUGGAAUAUGAUAUUUUGCAAUAUAUUGUAAUCGAACGGUUGGCUCAAGGUGGUCGUGAGAAAGUAAAGGAUGACGGCCUUAACCUGUCAGACUGGCUUCAGUGUCUGGCAUCAUUCUGGGGACACCUCUGCAAGAAGCAUCAUUCCAUGGAGCUUAAAUGCCUCUUCCAAUACAUAGUUAAUCAACUGAAGAAAGGAUUGGGUACUGAGCUUGUUGUACUUGAGGAACUCAUUCAGCAAAUGGCAAAUGUACAGUACACUGAGAACAUGACUGAUGAACAGGUUGAUGCUAUGGCAGGAAGUGAAACGUUGCGGCUUCAAUCUUCGCUGUUUGGAUCAACACGGAACUAUAAGGUCCUGAAUAAGUCUAUUAACAAAUUGCGGGAUUCUUUGCUUCCAAAAGAUGAACCCAAACUUGCAAUUCCUCUACUACUGCUCAUUGCCCAACACAGAUCCAAGAUUAUAAUAAAUGCAGAUGCCACAUAUAUCAAAAUGGUUAGCGAGCAGUUCGAUAGAUGCCAUGGAAUACUACUUCAGUAUGCCGAGUUUCUUUCAAGUGCCAUAGCUCCAUCAACCUAUGUUCAACUAAUACCUCCGCUGGAAGAUCUGGUUUAUAAAUAUCAUAUCGAGCCAGACGUUGCUUUUCUUAUAUACCGGCCUGUAAUGAGGCUUUUCAGAAGCGCUAACGGUGGCGAGGCCUGUUGGCCUCUGGAUGACAAUGAAGAAGGGGAGUCUGUAUCAUAUGAUGAAAUGAUCUUGCAUGGCGAUUCAUCUCAGAAGUCAAUCAUGUGGUCAGAUCUUCUCAACACAAUCCGAACAAUUUUGCCAGCAAAAGCGUGGAACGGUCUUUCACCUGAAUUGUAUGCUACUUUCUGGGGUUUAACACUGUAUGAUCUUCAUUUUCCAAAAGAUCGUUAUGAUGCAGAAAUCAAGAAGCUGCAUGAAAAUCUCAAACAACUUGAAGAUAGCUCAGAUAACUCUAGCAUUGCAAUAUCACGGCGUAAGAAGGACAAGGAGAGAAUCCAAGAUUUGCUGGACAAAUUGAACAAUGAAUCUGACAAGCAUCAACAGCACGUUAUAUCAGUGCUCCAAAGGCUAACCCGUGAAAAGGAUAAAUGGCUGAGUUCCAGUCCGGACGCACUGAAGAUCAACAUGGAAUUUCUCCAGCGGUGCAUAUAUCCACGCUGUGUUCUUAGCAUGCAGGAUGCUGUGUAUUGUGCUACAUUCGUCCAGAUGAUGCAUUCACUUGGGACUCCAUUUUUCAACACGGUGAAUCAUAUAGAUGUUUUCAUCUGCAAGACACUACAGCCAAUGAUCUGUUGUUGUACCGAAUAUGAGGCUGGCAGGCUUGGAAGGUUUCUUCAUGAGACCCUGAAGAUGGCUUACCAUUGGAAGAGUGACGAAUCAGUAUAUGAGCGUGAAUGUGGAAAUAAGCCGGGAUUCGCUGUAUACUUCAGAUUUCCAAAUAGUCAACGCGUAUCUUAUCCUCAGUUCGUUAAAGUUCAUUGGAAAUGGAGUGGAAGAAUUACCAAGGUGCUUAAUCAAUGUAUGGAAUCAAAAGAAUACAUGGAAAUCAGAAACGCCCUUAUUGUUCUCACAAAGAUAACUAGUAUUUUUCCUGUGAUGCGAAAAAGCGGUAUCAACAUUGAGAAAAGGGUUGCGAAGCUAAAGGGGGAUGAGAGAGAAGAUCUGAAAGUACUGGCCACUGGUGUAGCUGCUGCUCUGGCAGCUCGGAAGAGUUCAUGGGUAUCUGAAGAAGAGUUUGGCAUGGGUCACCUUGAUCUGAAGCCAGUGCCUGCAAUACCUAUUGCUGGAAAUCAGUAUGCAGAUCCCUCGACAGCAAAAGAUCACAGCGUUCGUGCAAAAUCUGUAGAGGGUAGGCAUGAAAGGUCAGAAAAUGCAAUGAAGCCUGAUGCCCAUAAGAAGAAUGCCUCGACUACAAACGGAUCUGAUAUUCAAAUACCAUCUUCCUCUGCACAAGGAAAAGGUUCAGGGGUUGCACGUGGUGUGGAUGAACCUCUGAAACUUUUGUCCGAUGAUGGAGUUAAAGUCUUGAAGCCUACUGCAGAACCUGAGACAAGAGCGGCACAAAAGCGUGCUGUACAAAAUGCUGCAAAGGUAUCUAAGCAUGAUGUGGUGAAGGAAGAUGCAAAACCUGGGAGAUCUACUAGCAGGGGUCUUAAUCAACAAACCUCUGCUAUUCCUGUUGACAGAGAAGUAUUGUCUCAGGCAGCUGAUGGUGUGCUGGAUACUAAUCCCACUAGUCCGUUGGUUGGCACAAAUGGUAAUAUACAUCCGGCACCACGAAAGGUAUCUGCAUCCUCCCAAAGAUCAACAGUAUUGGCUGCACAUAGCGGUGGAACAGCUAAUCCCACCGGUGAAGGUGAAUCUGCUGACUUGAUUGAUUCUACCGUGAAACAGCAAAAAAGAUCUGUUCCCGUUGAAGAACAAGAGAGGACAGGUAAACGAAGGAAAGGAGAGAUUGAAGGCAGGGAUGGUGACUUGACGGAGCACCAUACGGACAAAGAAAAAAAAUUGGACUCACGAUCAGUAGAUAAAUCUCGUUCUGUGGAUCAUGAGAGAGGUGCUAGUGAGGAACAAAACCUAAUUCGGGCAGAGAAAUUAAAAGAAAAGUUCGAUGAUAAAUAUGACAGAGAUCAUAGAGAAAAAGCAGACCGGUCCGAGAGGCGCCGUGGAGAAGACGUGGUUGAAAGACCAACAGACAGAUCAUUGGAAAGGAGAGAGCGUUCUAUUGAAAAGAUGCAAGACAGAGUUCCUGAAAAAGGAAGAGAAGACAGGAAUAAGGAGGAGAGGAACAAAAUUAAGCAUGAACCCAUAGAUCGAGCAUAUGCUAUUAAGAAUGAACCCAUAGAUCGAGCAUAUGCUAUUAAGAAUGAACCCAUAGACCGAGCACAUACUGGUAAGCAUGAACCCAUAGACCGAGCACAUACUUCUGAUGAACGCUUCCGAGGGCAAAGCUUGCCACCACCUCCACCUCUUCCAACUAGUUUUGUACCCCAAUCAGUCGCUGCUAACCGAAGAGAUGAAGACAGUGACCGAAGGGGCAGCAGCACCAGGCAUACCCAACGGUCGUCUCCCAGGCGUGAUGAGAAAGAAAGGUGGCACUUGGAGGAGAAUGCUCCGCUCUCACAGGAUGAUGGGAAGCACCGAAGAGAGGAAGAUCUCCGGGAUAGAAAGCGUGAAGAUAGGGAUGUUUCAUCAAGCAAGGUAGACGACAGGGAUAGGGACAAAGUUAAUACUGUGAAAGAAGAUAGUGAUCCUAAUAGUGCAUCCAAACGGCGGAAGGUUAAAAGAGAACAGUCUGCUUUGGAAGCUGGGGAAUACGCGCCUUCUGCUCCACAGCCUCCGAGCGUUGGACCUGGUAACUCACAGUUUGAAAUACGAGAGAGAGAAAGAAAGGGUGCUAUUUCACAGCAUCGGCCAUCACAUGCUGAUGACCUUCCUAGGAUGCAUGCCAAGGAUUCAACAAGCAAGACAAGUCGUAGAGAGGCUGACCAAACACAUGAUAGAGAGUGGGAAGAGGAGAAGAGGCCAAGGACUGAAGCAAAAAGGAAGCAUCGGAAGUAGGUUCCUGCGGGUGUCUUGAUGAUUGUCACAUAACAAGAUUUCACUUGGUGACGCGCACCUGCGAACAAGUCGCUUUCUUGAAGCAGGAAGAUGUAUCUGGGCAUAUUUGAACCAUUCAGCGUGUAUGCCUCACUCCAUGGCUUUAGACAGGUUUGCUGGGGCGGAAGGGCACCGACAGGAUAAACCCUUCAGCAGUGCUUCGUCUAUGCUGUCCAGAUGCAAAUUGUUGCGAACAAUGUUGAUUGCAAGGAACAGACAUGGUCGGUUAUACAAGUCGUUAUAAACGUUUUAGCAAUGUGGAAUGUAAGGAACAAUACUAUGGGCCAUACCAUUGACUUAGACGGAUUUGCUGUAAACAAGGAUGAGCAGUUUGUCGUCCAGCUAUUUUUGUAAUUCAUUUUGUACUAAUUGCAGAGAGUUUUGUUGUGGGAAGCAUUUGGGCUUCCUUUUUUUGCACCGUCUAGGAGGAAUAGUAGGGGAGCGGGUUGUGAGUAGGUUGUACAUGUACAGUUACAAUGGUAGCAUGAACCGUCGUGUUCUAGAUGUUAAACUGAGAAGGUUCUAGAUGUUAAACUGAGAAGGUUGCAUGAACCGUUGUGUUCUAGAUGUUAAACUGAGAAGGUUGCAUGAA